GCAGAAGCUUUGGAAACUUGUAACAGCAGUGGCAAUGAACUUAAUGAUGUUGAGGAUAGGGAAAUAAGUAUUUUGAGAUCUAAGGAAGCGGAUAACGUAAUUACAAGGUUGAUGCAGGCAGUUCCAGAAGUAACAACUCAUUGGCCACUUGUAUAUAUUGAAAACUCAAUAAGAACAAAAAGAAGACGGAAACAAAUGCAUGAUACAAUUAGUUCGGAUAGUAAUUCUGAAACUUUUGGAAGUGACUCUGAAGUUGAAAUUGCUGAAAGUUACAAUAUCAUGUCCUUAGAAAACUUGAACAAUACUAUUAAGCAAUUGAAAAAAGAAAUCAAAAGUAAUAAACAUAGUGAGAUAGUAAAGGCACAUCUUUAUACAAUGCUGUCCUAUUUUCAUCUUGUAGAGCAUGGUCGUAAAAGGAUUGAGCCAAGCAUUAUUGUGGCAGAAGCAGCUGAAAAAGGUGUUUAUCAUGCUCGAAUGUAUAUGGAUGGAUAUAAGCGUACAGAUGUGGUGGCUUAUUGUGAAAGGUUUUUGGAAAGAAUGGUGAAAUUUGAAGCACAUAUAGUGGUUUUUUCUAGUGAAAAUAUAGAAGAAGAAACUAGACCAGAUUUUGAUGAUAUUAUUAUUUUGCAACCACUUUGUAAAAAAGGCCAAGGACAGUCAGUUCAUAUAAGUGAAUUUCUCACUAAUAUUGGUGGGCGUUUAGCAUUACAUUAUAAAAAUCCUAAUCUUUAUGGUGAAUCAAAGGGUCUAAAGCAAAUAUUGGGUGAGAGAGGAUUGUGGCGUGAUGAAAUGAGAUUAGCAUGUAAAAGAGGGUGUGAACAAGGAAGAACUGAUUGUGCAAUAGAAUGA